AUGUCAAAAUCACCAGGGACAGAAUUUGUGAGCCUUGCGAGGGAAGGGUGGCAAAAUGUGACCAAGUGCACCAAGUGCAAGGGAGCUGGUAUGGUCACUCGCCUCGUUCAACUCGGACCCGGCAUGUAUACUCAAUCCCAAGGCAAGUGUGGUGACUGCCAAGGACUCGGAGAGAACAUGAAAGAAGAAGACAGAUGCAAAGUUUGCAAAGGAAAGAAGGUGGUAAAGGUAGAUAGAGUGUUGGAAGUAGCGAUUGAGACUGGCUGCCCUGACGAGCACGACUACAUCUUCACCGGUGAAAACGACGAAUAUAGAAGAGGAGCCGACCUCGUCAUCGUCAAGAAGAUCACUCUUCUCGAGGCGCUCACUGGAGUCACCAUGGAAAUCAAGCAUUUGGAUGGCAAAAAGCACAUAAUUGCUACCGCUCCCGGAGAAGUUCUUAAUCACGAGGAACUGAAGACUGCCAAAGGACUUGGUCUUCCCUUCUACAAGGAUCCCAUGUCCCAUGGCCACCUCUACAUCGAAUUCCUCAUCACUUACCCCAAGAAGGGCUCCAUUCCUGCCCUCAACAUCGAAAAGAUCGCAGCCGUCCUCAAUGGCAAGACAGUGAAAUCCGAAGGCUACAGCAAGACCUCCAAGAAUAAGAUUCUCGAGGAGUAUAAGGAGAGCGACCAGAACAAUAGUCCCCAUGGGUAUGCCGAGGAAGAGGAGGAAAUGGGAGGAAGAUCAGGAGCGCAGCAGGUGAGAUGCCAACAGCAGUGA